CCCAAUUAACAGAUAGGAAAAUUGAGAAUUGGAGACACUGAAUAACUUGAACAAGACCACCAGGCCAGUAUGUGGCCGGAUCAGAUUUUAUACCUUGAGAAACUAGUCAGUCAAGCUAACUGGAGGUCCUAGGGCAGAAGGCCGGGGCGGCCCGCUACUAAUUGCUAAAGUUUAAUUCAGUUUAUCCUAGAGACAGCCCUUGCCCCGAGACAGGGACCGCCUAGCGGCCCUAUUUAAAGUCACAGUAGACUUAGGCCCCGCCUCCCCGCCGGGCGCGCGUACUUCCUCCUGCCGCCGUUCGACGUCUCUUCGCCCCGCUCCGCCCCUGCUCGGUUGCCUUCGCACCGCCUUCACUCGCCUGCGACCGCGUCGCCCCGAGUGACGUCACGGGCCUCGGCUCUUUUCAUUGGUCCAUUUCAAUAGUCGCGGGAUACUUGAACUGCAUGAACAGCCGCCGCUCCGGCGGGCUGCUCGCUUCAUUUCGGGGGCGUCUUUGGCCCUCCACGUCCGGCAGUGCCUGCCUCCGCCUUUCGCAACCUCCUCGGUCCUACACGAUCCCGAGCGGGCCAGCGGGUGGGUAGGCUGGCCCGAGCUGCGGCGGGCGGGUACAGCUGGAGUGUACCUAGGCUGAUCGGCGGGACGCAGUGCACGCUGCUUGGCGCCGCAGGCUGAUCCCGCCGCGCCCCCGGGAGCAGUGAUGUUGGGCAGCUCCGCGCCCGGGCCUGCGGCCCGCGAGGCAGGCUCGGCGCUGUUAACAUUGCAGCAGACGGCGCUCCAGGAGGACCAGGAGAACAUCAACCCCGAGAAGGCGGCGCCCACCCAGCAGUCCCGGACCCGCGCUGGGCUGGCGGUACUGAAGGCCGGGAACUCGCGGGGACCAGCGCCGCAGCAGAGGCCUAAGACGCGACGGGUUGCACCUCUUAAGGAUCUUCCUAUAAAUGAUGAGCAUGUCACCGUUCCUACCUGGAAAGCAAACAGUCAACAGCCUGCAUUUACCAUUCAUGUGGAUGAAGCAGAAGAAGAGACUCAAAAGAGGCCAGUUGAAUCUAAAAAACCAGAAAGUGAAGAUGUUUUGGCUUUUAAUUCAGCUGUUACUUUACCAGGACCGAGAAAACCACUGGCACCUCUUGAUUACCCAAUGGAUGGUAGUUUUGAGUCACCACAUACUAUGGAUAUGUCAAUUGUACUGGAAGAUGAAAAGCCAGUGAGUGUUAAUGAAGUACCAGACUACCAUGAGGACAUUCACACAUACCUUAGGGAAAUGGAGGUUAAAUGUAAGCCUAAAGUGGGUUACAUGAAGAAACAGCCAGACAUUACUAACAGUAUGAGGGCUAUCCUCGUGGACUGGUUAGUUGAAGUAGGAGAAGAAUAUAAACUACAGAAUGAGACCCUGCAUUUGGCUGUGAACUACAUUGAUAGGUUUCUUUCAUCGAUGUCUGUGUUGAGAGGAAAACUUCAGCUUGUGGGCACUGCUGCUAUGCUGUUAGCCUCAAAGUUUGAAGAAAUAUACCCCCCAGAAGUAGCAGAGUUUGUAUACAUUACAGAUGACACUUAUACCAAGAAACAAGUUCUGAGAAUGGAGCACCUAGUUUUGAAAGUCCUUGCUUUUGACUUAGCUGCACCAACAAUAAAUCAGUUUCUUACCCAGUACUUUCUGCACCAGCAGUCUGCAAACUGCAAAGUUGAAAGUUUAGCAAUGUUUUUGGGAGAAUUAAGUUUGAUAGAUGCUGACCCAUAUCUAAAGUAUUUGCCAUCAGUUACCGCCGCAGCAGCCUUUCAUUUAGCACUCUACACUGUCACGGGACAAAGCUGGCCUGAAUCAUUAGUACAAAAGACUGGAUAUACGCUGGAAACUCUAAAGCCUUGUCUCAUGGACCUUCACCAGACCUACCUCAGAGCUCCGCGGCAUGCACAACAGUCAAUAAGAGAAAAGUACAAAAACUCAAAGUAUCAUGGUGUUUCUCUCCUCAACCCACCCGAGACACUAAAUGUGUAACGGUGAAAGACUGCCUUUGUUUUCUAGGAUGUAAAUCACUCAAAGUAUAUGGUGUACAGAUUUUAUCUUAGGUUUUAAUUUUACAAUCAUUUCUGAAUACGGAAGUUAUGGUCAAGUACAAAUUAUGGUAUCUAUUACUUUUUAAAGGUUUUAAUUUGUAUAUCUUUUGUACAUGUAACUAUCUUAGAUAUUUGGCUAAUUUUAAGUGGUUUUUGUUAAAGUAUUAAUGAUGCCAGCUGUCAGGAUAAUAAGAAAUAAAUUGAUUUGGAAAAUUUGGUUUGUAAGUCAAAUUUAAUUUGAGGCAAAAAUUUGACUUCAGGAUUUCACUUAGAAAAAUUAAUUUGGUUUAUUAAAGCAUGGGGACAGGGAAGGCUUCUCCUUCCAACACACAGGUGAUGACAUUCACCUCCCUAAGGAACUGGGCCAACUGUCUGACUUGGGCAUAAUCUAAGAAGACUCUUUCAGGUCUUUGUACACACUAUGAAAAUGCUUUUCAUUCAUCGACUUUUACUACACUUGACCUACCAAAGUGACAGUUAUUUAAAACCUGUUUUAAAGAGUCCUCCAGACGUUUAUUUUAAAGCAUAAUGUAAAAACUGUAUAAAGAACUAGAUUCUGUAAUGGGUUUGUGAAUAAUACCCAAGGUUGUUAGCACUGAAUAAAUACCUUUUUAAUAGUUAUAUACACAAAUAUACAA